AAAUUUUAUAAUUAAUAAUUCUCGAUCGCAUGAAAGUUGAAGGUGAUUGGUUCCUGAAGCUCUUGUUUCCAUUACACUUGUUCACUCAUAGACACAUCUCUCUCUUUCUCUCUCCUUCUCUCUGUGGAUCUUUGUUUCCUAUUUGGAACCGACAUGGCUCCCAACUAAUAGGAAUCUCAAAGCUUUUCACUCUCUUGUCAGAUCUUUCAACUCAGCAGCAACAUCGACUUGUGGUUCUUUUUGCACUUUUCCAUUGGACUUUUAUUUGAGAUAAGCUAUGCAAACUGAGGAACUUUUGUCGCCACCACAGACUCCAUGGUGGAAUGCUUUUGGAUCUCAGCCGUUGACUACAGAGAGCCUUUCCGGAGACGCUUCUGAUUCAUUCGCCGAAGUUAAGGCAGUUACUCCGGAGACAGAACAAGGUGUGGUGGAUAAACAAAGUUCUACUACUCUCUUCACUUUGUCACCUGGUGGUAAAAAGAGUUCACAAGAUGUGCCAAAGCCUCAUGUUGCUUUCACGAUGCAAGCAGCUUGCUUCGAGUUUGGAUUUGCUCGGCCAGUGAUCUACACAAAGCAUCCUCAUGUAGAACAAUACUAUGGAGUUCUUUCAGCUUAUGGACCUCAGAGGUCUUCUCACUACAAGAAAACAAGCCAAUAGCGACUACACUAUUAGUCAUUAUUUAGUCGCUAAAAGGAGUGUUACGACCAAAUUGCGACUAAAACCUGUAGUCGCUAACUGAGAGUCGCUAAAAUUUAUAGUCGUAAUUUUAGUCGCCAAAUGGCGACUACAUUACGACAAUCUUUUGUAGUCGUAAAUCAGUCGUAAAUCAGUCGUAAUGU